AACCAGGCGUUUCGGUUUCGGCGUCAUUAUUAUAUUAUAUUCCAUUUCAAAAAAAGAAAAUAUUUUAAGAACUCCACAUCGAAUCCGAUUCAAAGUGAAAACAAACAGUCUUCCAAACAGCAAAUUCCCAAAACUUUCCCCUAAAUUACUCUCUCUUCUUUCUCCUUCACUCUCUUUACCCACAUUUCUCCCUCUCUCAGAGAAACCCAACCAGAAGAAGAAGAGAGGGCGGCGGCGGCGACUUAAUGGAAAAUCGCGAUACGGCGGAGCUGACAGCGGCAGCAACGACGGCGACAGCAGCGGAGGCUCAUCCGUAUGCUUUUCAUGUAUCUGGACCUCGCAAUGUUACUUCUCCCAAUUGGCGAGACCUAAUCAAUUCCAGUUGGAAGGAUGGGAAUUACAAAAGAACUGUUAUUGCCUGUUUUAUUCAAGCAGUUUACUUACUAGAACUAGACAGGCAAGAGAACAGAAGCAACAAAGAAAAUGCUCUAGCUCCUAAAUGGUGGAUCCCCUUCAAAUACAAGCUAGUUCGAACCUUAAUUGAUGAAAGAGAUGGAUCAAUAUUUGGUGCAAUUCUAGAAUGGGAUAGGUCAGCAGCCAUGGCUGAUCUAGUACUCAUCAGACCCAGUGGUGCACCAAGGGCUGUUUUGGCCUUAAGAGGGACAUUACUCAAAAGCCCGACAAUCCGCCGGGAUAUCGAGGAUGACCUUCGGUUUCUCGCUUGGGAAAGCCUAAAGGGUUCUGUCAGGUUUAAUGUAGCUUUGGAAGCAUUGAAAUCAGUUGCUGAGAGUUAUGGAAGCAACAAUGUUUGUGUUGCUGGUCAUUCCUUAGGAGCUGGGUUUGCUCUACAAGUGGGAAAAGCCUUAGCUAAAGAAGGAAUUUAUGUUGAAACUCAUUUGUUCAAUCCUCCUUCUGUUUCAGUAGCUAUGAGUUUGAGAAACAUAGGGGAAAAAGCAGAGUUUGCUUGGAAGAGAAUCAAAUCAAUGCUUCCUUCAGGUAAUGAAACAACAGAAAACAGCAAUAUUGAAGAAGAAAAAGCAUAUGGAGGAGCUGGUUUAAAGAGUUGGGUAUCUAAUCUAAACAGGUUAAAGAAUCCAGGGGUGGGAAUUGGGAAAUGGGUUCCUCAUCUAUAUGUAAAUAAUAGUGAUUAUAUAUGCUGUUCAUAUACUGAAAAAUCAGAUCAAGUAGAGCAAAGCAAUGAAGGGAAAGAAAAUGUUAAUACCACAAAUGGGAGAGCAGUAGCAGCAGCAGCAGCAGCAAAAUUGUUUGUAAUGUCAAAAGGAAAGCAGAAGUUUCUUGAAGCUCAUGGAUUGGAACAAUGGUGGUCUGAUGAUUUGCAGCUUCAGCUAGCUCUCCAUGACAGCAAGCUCAUAAGCAGGCAGCUCAAGUCCCUGUACACCAUUUCAGCAGCACAUCAAACACAGGGAAAUCCUAGUAGGUGAAGUGUUCAGUUUCUGGGAAUUGUGUGGCUAAAUAACUCAUUUUCGAUUUCGGGAUAUGUCGGUAUAGUUCUUCUGAUGUCAUGUCUCGUGUUGUUUAUUGCUUCAUUCGGAUUGUGUUUGACUUGAAUAUACGAGGUAUUCUCGUAGUGAUUCUUUUCAACUCUGUUUGAUUGAGCAAAUCAACUUACAGUGUAUUACAUAAACUUGACAGAUUAUAUCCAUCAUCAUCAAAUCGACUUCUUAGAUUUUUUAA